AUUACUUACUUUUGUAAACUCUAAUUAAGUGAUUCGACGCUUGAUCGAUGGAUAAGAGCAAUAAAUAUCGAAAUGAGCUUCGAGGCCAUUUCUAUGGGUCGAAGAAUCCAUCUGAUCAAGGGGUGCGUGGACAUCAGGAUGUCGAAAGCCGAUCGCGUUACGAAAGGAAUAGCCCUCUGCAUCAGGCGAGACCGGAUAACUAUCGUGAUCAUAUAAAAUGCCAGUGUCAAGAUCAUCGUUGCUCGCAUGGACACAGACUUUAUCGAACUCCAGAUCCCUUAUCUAGAAAGCAUUGCCAUAAUGACUGUCAACAGCCACAGCAACAUCAGUUGAAUCCUCACCAGCGGUCGAAUCCGAGGAUUGUGAACGAGCCCAGUCCUAGAUACUCACCCAAACCACGUAAUUGCAAACUCCCUUUUACUCAUACUACUCGAAAUCGGGAUCCGGCAAAUGAAAAAGGUGGGGGAGAUUGCCUACUCUACAAGAACUUGACUUUUGGAGGCCCUCCUUCUAGUAUAAGUGAGCACGGGGACGGGGAGGUUGGUGAGAAAAAACAAGCAACCCGAUGUAGCCACCAACAUCAUAAGAAGGAAUCCCAUAACUACCUUGAUGCGGUUCAGGCUCAUUGCCAGGCGGUGGGCGAUAGGUUUCAACGGAAGUUCCCCUUUUCCAGCGACGAAUCCACCUCAAAGGAAUCCAAAUCUAAACCAUCCCAAAAUACUGUGAUCAGUGCAAAAAGUGGCGACGAUCUCAGAGCAGCAGUUCGAUCGCAAAUAGAAAUGCAGGCGGAAUUGGAUGAAUUCGCGCUCGAAGUGAAGGAUAAAAGGGGGGAUGCAUUGUCCGGUGGCAAAAAUAAUGCUAAAUCGAGAAAAAGCCGAAUUCCUAAUCCCGAUUUACAGUCCGAGGAAGUGGUUGCCGUUGUCGUAGAGCCCCAGUUAAAUAUCGCAGAUCCAGAUGACCUUCAAGUCGCGGACUUCAGUGUCAGUGCCGAUGAUAUAGUUAGCGCCAAAGUUAUUGAUCCGAUGAUAAGAAAAAUUCAACGCAUGUAUCUAAACACUCUGAAGGAGGAAAUGCACCUCAUGGAGUAUCUGGAAAAGGUCCCGAAGUUGGUCAGCGAGGUUUAUAAGCGAGAGGCAGCCGAAAAAGAGCAAAGGAAACAUUAAGAAAACUUUAAAAAAAAUCUGUCCUUUAUUUUUUGUUCUUAUAUUUUGUAAAAAAAUAUUAACCUUAUAGGAACCA